GGGCCAAUCAGGGACGAGAAUACGAGACGUUCACGUCGCUCGCCUGCUCAUGUAAACAACAGCAGAGCAUGAGCAUUUAAUUUUAGUUUUAUUGCGAACACGCUUCUUCUCAUUAUGGGGCAGCCAGCGGAGAAAGCAUAUUAUCGCUUCGUGGUGCUGUUCUUUAACUGCCUGCUUACAUUUGGCUCCUACUUCUGCUUCGACAUCCCCAGCGUGUUGCAGGAUCAGUUCCAAGGGAACCUUACAUGCCCUAAUGCAACACAAGUCAAUGGGACGGUGGACUGCGUGGAGGGGCUGGGGAUGAACCCUCAGCAGUACAACCUUCUCUAUGCCAUAUAUGCCUGGACAAAUGCAGUAGUUGUGAUUCUCGCUGGAUUCCUGAUUGACAAAUUAGGGAACCGCUUUGGGGUCUUUCUGUUCUCAUUUCUCUGCGUUUUGGGCUCGUCCAUGUUUGCGCUCGGUUCCCACUUCAAGGGUACUUCCUACCUGCUCCCACUCAUGCUCACUGGCCGUUUGUUGUUUGGAUCAGGCAAUGGAUCUCUGACCAUUGUCCAAAACCGCAUCACAGCCUUCUGGUUCAAAGGGAAGGAGCUGGCUCUGGCGUUCGGCCUGACCUUGGCCUUCUCUCGCCUCGGUUCAGUCCUGAACUUCUUCCUCACAGAAAAGUUUGAAGAUACAUAUGGCAUGCAGUGGACCCUCUGGGGGGGAACAUUUUUGUGUGUGCUCGGUUUCAUCUCUGCCAUUAUAGUGAGUGCAUUGGACAAGAUAGGAAUGAGGCAACUGGGACUUGACGGCGCCAUCCAGGAGCAGUCCCGCAAAGUGAGGAUCCAGGAUGUGAAGCUUCUCUCACUGAGAUACUGGCUGCUGGUCCUUACCAUAAUGUUCUUCUACAACGGCAUUUUCCCCUUCAUUGCAGAUGCCAGUAAGUUCAUCCAGGAUAAAUACAACGGUUACAGUCAGAAGGAGGCAGCCUACAUUGCAGGGGCGGUGUACGACAGCUCGCUGGUCCUUUCAGCCAGCGUGGGCAUUCUCAUAGAUUACGUAGGUCUUCGGGGCAUCUUUGCGCUGGCUUGUGCCGUCCUCACGCUGCCUGUCUUUGGACUCCUGGCUUUCACCUUUGUCCCCCCUCUGGUCUCCACCAUAUGGCUGGGGGUCACUUACUCCUUUGCUGCUGCCAGCAUGUGGCCCUCUAUUCCCCUCGUAGUACCUCACGCAACUUUGGGGACAGCCAUGGGUCUGGCCACCUCCAUACAGAUGGUUGGGAUUGGAUUGUCCAAUCUGGUUGUCGGACAGAUACUGGGAACCAAAUCAAGUGAAACUAAGAUCCCAGUGUGGCGCUGGCAGAGGAUGAUGAUCUUCAUGUUGGCCAACACGAUCGGCUGCAUCGUGACCUCGGUGUUACUCAACAUUGUUGAUCACAGACAGGGUGGAAUUUUGAACAAGACAACGAAGAGGUCGGUGCAGGCUGAGGGAGAUUCUGAGCGGGAACCUCUCAACCAGGCAGAGGAACAGCCACCUGAGGACGAUGGUGCCAACAGACCUUAACAUGUCAGUUCCUGAGAGUCUCUAUUUAGUGCAUCUUUUGUGCAGUUUUUCUCUAGUAUUAAAGCAACAAGUACAUUUUUAGCUGGCCUGGGCCUUCGUCCAUGCUGUACCACUAAGAGGGGAACUACAGAUUGUGAUGCAGGUUUCUUCUUUGCUUUGAGACCUGAGCGAUUCAUGCCAACGUAUCUCCACCAUGAACUACAUGGAAGGGGGGAGUCACUGUUGCCUCAGAAAGUAUUGAGAAACCUUAAUUUUUAUAGUUUACAUUAAGUAUAGCAUUUGCAGGGCAUCUACUGGCAGAACUGUAAUCAUGUUUUUACCCAUCUUUGAAAUCUUGAAAGUAAGAAUCAUCCUUUGAAGCUGACGCUGAACAAGCCUUUUAUAAAUACAGACGGUGCUGGUCCGCUAUACUACCGGUACACCUCCAUGUGUCUGCAGUAGCUGAUAGCGUCCAAUCCAAGCAUUUACUCUUUAUGGGCCUGUUUUAUAUCCUUUUAACAUUUUUAGCAGGCAUUGUUUUUUGUCUUGAAUAACUGAAGUCUGGCUGCCUGGUGCCACAGCAUGUCCCAGCUACGGUUGAGAGGCAGGAUACACCCUAGACGGCUCACCAGUCUCUUUAUAGAUCUUGUCCAGCCUUGUAAGAAGGGUUGUGUAGCAUCUGUAAAUAACCUUUAGAUCUAUCUGCAGAUGUAAUGUGGGGUUUAAGUUGGGAGUUAACAGAUCAGGCUUUAAUUGUUUUGGAUUCUUCAGAUUGUUGUGGUGGUUGAUGCAACUGUCACUUUUACCCUUGAAGAAGUUUUCCUUAAGGGGCUGUUCUGAGGUUAGCUGCAUCUAUUUCUGAUUUAACCUCCCUCUCUCUGCUGCUCAGAAGCUAGCCCGUAGCAUGAUGCUGCCAACACUUGGCUUCCCUGUUGGAGUCAUUAAGUGUCAGACUUUUCAAAGAGAUAGAGCUUGGAUUUCUUUCCAAAAAGAUACGUUUUUGACUUGUUACUUUUGACUAUUGUUUUCAUCAUGCUUUGGAGACUAAGGGGCUGCUGACAUGAAAGCUUCUAAAACCUGUUAGUGAGUGACUUAUUUGGUCAUGAGUUUGUUUAACUCCUCUCUUGUCUUUGCUCGGCUGUACACCAACUCCAUGCCCGUAGUUUCUGCUGGUUCCAGUCAUGUGUGUCAUUGGGAACACUGGAGUUCAUUGGGCAUCGCAGCCGUUGUUCUGUCCUGACAAGAAGUGUGUUUUGUGUACACAGAUGUGUCUUUGUAAGCGCUAUACACUUUAUUCUGAAGUUCUUGACACAAAUGACUCUGAACACUAACUGAACCAUGCUUUAGAAAACUGUCCAGAUGCUUUUUUUUUUUUUUUUUUGUGUAUGUCAUUUUAUUUUUUUUUGUACAUAUGCAAACGUAUAUCCAAUUCAAAUUUAUUGGUGUCCAAAACAUGUGGUGGUCUGAGUAUUUGCUGAAGUGACCAGCUUCAGUUUGUUACAUACCUCAAUAAAACCAGAUCCUUACUGUUUUUUGGGGGGUUAGUCCAGUGAUUUUGAAGCCACUUUAAAGGGAAAACAGUUCAAACAGUAUUUACACCACAUUUGUAUGAGCAUGCUGUACUGAAUAUUAACUCAAAUAAGCCUACUUAUACUUAAUGGUAUUUUCUUCUUUUGUUUUUUAGUACUGAUACAAAGGGAAAGAGUAAAAAAGGUAUAACCUUUUUGAUUUUUUUUUUUUUAUGGCCUCAACAGAUUUUAUUCAUCUUGUAAAUGCGUGUGCUGACUGUGACAUAACCGUUUGUGUACGUAUUAUUGUGGUCAGGAAAAAAAACGAAAAUAAAUUCUGU